AUGCCCCCAGAUGAGGGUAUGCUUCCUCUCGAAGUUUUCAGAUUUACCGAAGAAGAACGCGACUUCUUUUCGCCUGGGACCAUUCAACAACUACGUUAACGACCUAACGCUUCGAAAGCUAUAGUCGCCAAAAUCUGUAGCUUAGCUUGUUCUGCACUAGUCGCCGUUAAUAACGCCGAUGACGAUCGCCGCUCGCACUUGACCGACGCCACAACCGUUUGGCCACGCUGGUUCUCUACGCGCAUUCGGUUCCACUUCCAUGACAUGUCUUCAGAGGCAGGAUGGGGUCCUGGCCGUCAUGCAGUAGUUUGGGUAGUAGGUUUGGAUAACCUAAUUCAAGUUAAGGUCGUACACGUCGAGCCCGAUUCUCCUGCCCGCAGACUGGACGUCACCACUGAAGCUUUCCGCUGGUCGAACCUGGCUCUACAGCGCGCGUUUACCGCUCACGCUAUAGAUAUAGGCAUCGGUCAUACCGCUGGCAUCUGCGUACGCCUGGUCAAGACCUCGGCGGCCUCAGAUCCAUUGUAUGAAUUAGUGUCUCGUUCCUCUAUGUUCGACAACCUGCAAGCGGACUCGAUCGGUCACCAAGUGAUCGACCUCGUCUGCGACCGUCCUCGGCCGAAUGCAAACUAGCCUCUGCGCCUACGCGACCCUCCCAAUCUUCCCCAGUUAGAUUGGACUUCUUCGGUCCAGCAACAAAUGAUAGUCCUCACACCGGAUCAGAGGGAGGUUUUGCGCCUCGGCUGUUCCAACGAGCCCAUAGUCGGUGUACAGGCAGCCUUUGGCACAGGCAAGACCCUCAUAAGCUCCCUUAUUGCCGCCUUAACAUCCGAUACCCCAUACACCACCGUCAUUGUCACGACGUCUGCGAACGCCGCGGUAACCCAGUUCACGGACACGUUGCUCUCUCUGGACGACUUUCCCAUCUACGAGUUGUUCGCCACAUCUCCGCUUCAGCCGCAGCCGACAACCGUACUCCUACGGACGCAGACCUCAGCAAGAUUCUGAAGACGCUGGGUAACGCCUUCUACAACCAGUUGGACUUCGACGAACGCGUAAUUCGUGCUGACUUCCGGGAUCAUCGCCAACUUCUCGAGGACUCCCUACCCUAGGACCUGGUCUGGCUAGCUCACCCUGAGCGCGUCCACGAAAUGUCGGACGAUGAAAGAGAACAGUAUGAGAUAGUCGAGGAGUACGUCUCUACCACACUCCGCCGCAUGAUCCGCAUACUGUUCAAAGUCUACCGUCUUUUCGUCAUAUGCAUGACCACAGCGUCUUCGCUCAACUCUACGGCGAGUCGGACCGGGGUUUUCACCCCCUACCUUCUUUCGUUUCGCACUAUCAUAGGCGAUGAAGCUUCAAAGAUACCGGAGCCUGCCCUUCUGGCUAUCGCCGCCCGUGUCCAAGUCGCGCGCCACGUAUAUAUCGGCGAUGACACCAACUCAUCCCGCACGCCAAAUGCCCACAUGCAUCAAAUCCCGUACUCCACGGCACCCGUGGUGUCAUGACCAUCUUAUCGCACGCUCCGGGGUUGCCUUACGCUCCUUUGGUGACAAUAUUUCGCGCGCACCUCGCUCUUAUUGAGAUCCCCAACACCAUAGCUACUCGGGAAUACUGGUCAGUGGGACACCUGCGGAGGCGCAUACUCUUUUGCUGAACUCUCGCACCCGCUUCCCGUCCCCAGGCGUACCCUUUAUGUUUAUCCACAUGGAAGGCACAUCGGUCAGGCCAUAA